UUCUGGAAGAAGAAAUUCCCAUAAACACACUCCUAAACCUUGUGGACAGCCUUCACAGAAGAGUUGAAGCUGUUAUAGCUGCAAAGGGUGGACCGACGUCAUAUUGAACCCUAUGGAUUAGGAAUGGGAUGUCACUUAAGUUCAUAUGCGAGUCAAGGCAGGUGAGCGAAUACUUUUGGCAAUAUAGUGUAUAAUCCACCAUGAUGAAGUAACGUAAAAUACAUUGCUGGACUUCCACCAUAACUUCCUUGCAUGUAUCUUUUGACACCACAAGUUUUUUUUUUAAAUCUACAUAAGGAACCACAGACUUCUUCACUUCUGCUUCUUUAAUUAUAUAGAGCCUACAGCCUGUUACACCAAAGCUCUAACCAUGGAGCAGCUCAUCUCCUCCAACAGCUCGCUCCCAGCUCCUGUCUCAACUGAAUACCGGAUUGCCAGUAGUGUGAUGGGAGUUUGCUUCAUACUGGGAGUCCCUGGUAAUAUUGCAGUAAUGGUGCGUCUUGCUGGAUGGCUGAAGACAGACAGCUUCACCCCGAGACUGAUGCUAAGCCUGGCUGUAUCAGAUCUACUCACUCUGAUUUCUACAUAAGGAACCACAGACUUCUUCACUUCUGCUUCUUUUAUUAUAUUGAGCCUACAGCCUGUUACACCAAAGCUCUAACCAUGGAGCAGCUCAACUCCUCCAACAGCUCGCUCCCUGCUCCUGUCUCAACUGAAUACCGGAUUGCCAGUAGUGUGAUGGGAGUUUGCUUCAUACUGGGAGUCCCUGGUAAUAUUGCUGUGAUGGUGCGUCUUGCUGGAUGGCUGAAGACAGACAGCUUCACCCCGAGACUGAUGCUAAGCCUGGCUGUAUCAGAUCUACUCACUCUGAUUUCUCUGCCGGUUUGGAUAUUGGAUUAUCUGCAUGGCUGGGCCUUUGACUUGACCCUGUGUAAGCUUCUUGCCUAUAUGGUGUACUUAAGCUUCUACUGCAGUGUACUGUGUGUGAUAUUGAUGAGCAUUCAGCGAUACAUGCAAGUGCUGCAUCCUGAGAAAUGGAACAAGCUUGGCAGAAAAGGAAAGAAGAUCCUUUUGAUUGGGAUGUGGAUUUUAAGUGCAGUUUUUUCAUGCUAUGCUCUUGUACAUCAACAUCUAUGCCCGGACCAUCACUGUACUCGCUAUUCUAACGAUGAUCAAGGUUUGGCUCCUUCAAUCUGGGAGCUUGUAAUGUUUGUCGUUGCAUUCACCAUAGUAGCUUACUGCUACUUUCACCUUUACCGGAAGCUUAAUAACUCAGCUUUCUUUAGCAGUAACUCAUUUAUAAAGAUUGUGACCAGAAUUGUGAUUUGCUUCUUCACAUUUUGGAUCCCGUUUCAAAUCUGCAACAUUGUGAUCAUCAUUGCUGCAUUGCGUUUGGAUUUCAGACUGUUAAACUCUGCAAAAUAUGCACACACUAUCUCUUUAGGUCUGAUUUUUAUUAACAGUUGUGUGAAUCCGUUCCUGUAUGCUUUCUCUGCUCUGGCUCUACAACAGCAAAGAGCUGGACCAGAUGACACUUAGUUCCUUGAAGACAGAGGUCUGAGUGAUUUGAUGUACUUUUCUGAUAGCCUAUCAGACAUUGCAUUUUAAGGCAAACUUCAUAAAGUUAUAGAAAUAAUUUUGCUUAUUCUUGCAGUCUGUUUUUAUUUUAUUUUUACACCUUCUAAUAUUUUUGGCAGAUUUAUUUAAUCAAUAAUAAUUUAAUCAAUUUAUAGUGAGGCUGUUGUUUUAUUAUUAUUAUUAUUAUUAACUUUUAAUCUACCUAAUAUGUUUUUUCAAUGAUAAAGCAUAAUGACAAAGGAGUAUAUCUUUCUAAAAAGUGAAAAAUGUUAAUCAGUCAAAAAAUCUGUUAAUCAGUAUUAGUAACAUUUAUUAAAAGUACAGUUUUUUGUUUGACUCUUUGUGAGUGUGCUUUACGCUGCAGACUAUGUAUAGUUUCGGUGGAAACUGAAAGGGGUUUUAUGACCUUAAGUGCUAUAAACCACAAUAAAGAUUCCUGAUUUUUUUUGUAAGACAACAUGAGUGCAACUUGCAGCCUAACUGUUAUAACUUCUUGUAUAUUGCUUCAGCAAAUAAAUCAAAUGGCCA